CCUCUACUCCAAUCAACACUAUUCCUGGAUCUUCAGGAAAUGAGGCAAAAUAAUUAAAGGCGGAGCCAGACCUUCCCAGGGUCAAACUUGGUUCCAGGGCAGUGAAAACACCUAAAGACAAAACUAUAAGGGAUUGUGACAGAUUAGCAGCAUACUGCCUCCGCAAGGAGCAUGUGCUCAAGCUGACAUGGAUACCAUCUUGGUUUUCAGCCUGAUCAUUACAUCCUAUGACGCCAACAAGAAAGAACUCAGAGACAGCAGCUGCCAAGUGGAACAGCUGCCUGGGCUCUUCCCGAAGGGUGUGAGAAGUGUCAGGGAUAUGCUAAUACCAGCUCAGGCAGAAGCCAAAAGGUCCCCUUUCAUCCAAAAUCUAACUGUGGCUGCCCUGCAGUGCCUCGGCUCUGGGAGCAAAGUGAAAGUCAACCUUGUAUAUUCGGAGAAAAGGCCAAAGGUCAAGCAUACUCUGAAGAACCUGAGAGUCAUUUCUGCUCCCCACAGAAACAGCACUGCCUCCCCAAGCUGUCACCUAACCCCCACAUCCAAGUUGCAGACUGGAUCCCUUCUAACAGGCAAAGCUUUUUUACCAGGGAUCUUCCAAUGUAAGGUCUAUCCAGUGAUGGGGGCUUCAUCAGAGACUGUUCCCACCAUCAGCACCUCCAUAACUCCUGGGAAUCUAGGAGGAGAGAAAACCACACGGAAUGAUGAUUUUUCUAGCCCUUUGAAGCAACAAGACACAGAUGAGAACCUACAGACGAGGCAGAAAUGGAGCAUUGUGGUCAAAAUUCUGCUUGCUGUCAUUCUGUUGCUCAGUGGAGUCAUCAUUACAGUGUUUGUCAUUUUUGAAGUCCCAUGCCCUAGUCAAUGCCUGAGAGCCAGAAAGCUAUGCCAACGCUGGUGGUUGUGGAGAAGGCAAAGGAAGGAAGGCCAGCAGCAACCCGAGGCGGCUGGGUCCCAGCCUGAGUCUCAGACGGAGAAGGAAAGUGUUCUCUGUAUGGUUGGACAAAAUGCUCUCAACUCAAGCUCAAAGAAAGCCGCAGGGAUCACUAUUAUCUGCCAGACAUACUUCUGAGGAGUUCUGCUCUGCUUCACAUGCUGAAUGAAGGAUACUCCAGGACGGUCUUCUCCCUGUUAUUAAUCAAUAUGGGCAGAUUACAGCAGGCACAUUACAAACAGUAAUGCCAGGCCAAUGAAGGGGGAGCCUCUGCUUAGCAGGUACCCUCAUGCCAUUGGUACUGACUGAGUCACACGCCUCUGAGAUUCACUUUGUACUUCCACAAAAAACCGGUAUCUUCUCAUCCCAUCAAAUGAAGGCAGAAAGUCUUUCCUCUCGACACUGUGAAUGACCUACUGCUCUUUUGAACAAAAGGUUGAAAUGCAUCUUCCAAGGAACUGGACAUGGGCAGAGCAGCCACGACUGUGGCCCAGUUCACCAGCUCCUGUGAUCAUCACAGCUGACUUCAUGCUCACUGGCUCUCAGCUGGCUUAGGGGAGGGCUUCUGCUUUCCCAGGCCGACAGCCAUAGAGGUUUAUGAUUUAGUCUCUGUCUUAUAUUCAUUUUUGCUCCAAAAGACGCAUGAGAGCUGAUGGUCCGGCUAGGUCUUCUUUUCGGGGAAGCACGGUACCCACACACUGGUGAAGGGAGCCGACCUGAAGCAUUCCAGAAGUCCUCCACAGAAGUCAUCCCCCAGGGCUCAGGGACUGCGUACCAACAGUGAGGUCUCCUGAUAACACAGGAUUCCUAAAGUGGGUCUGACACUAUAUCCUACCGUGAUGGUGAGCUGCAUACAUACUGAACAAGGGUCCAGAACAAAAUGACUACGACGAUCUUUCUCAGGGAGGCACAGAUAUGUCAAGUCUGACCUGCUUAAGUAAGUUUGGUGAGAAAGUGGACGGAGCUGAUAUUAAAGCAGCAUUUAGGGAAGAAAGGAAUGGCAGGAGGAUAAGGGUGUUGUCCUGCUUUUCAUAAAAGGCUGAAACCACUCCAUUUUGUUUUGGUGAAAUGUGCCUGUUGCUAAGUAAUUCUGUUUUCUUAGCUCUCUGGUGAAAACCAUAUACAAAUUGUAGCCUUCUUUCUUUCACUUCAAGUAUUGCCCAAAAAAGUGAUUCUCAAAACUAUACCAACGGUGGAAUAUAUCUUGCCCCAAACCCUGAUUUAAUAUUCAAGCUCAGCCUGGAAGAGAUGGAACAGAUACAAAACAUGGAUGAUGGUAGUUUUCAAGGAAGUCCUCUAGAAUCCUCUAGGGAUUCUAAAGUUCCACAGCCCUUUAAAAUAGAGUAGGUAAUGAUCACAGGGUACUGGGGCUGGCAUUUGGAUAAAUGCGUCUUUUAUUUGCACCCUUCCACUGACUCACACCACCACCUCCAGUUUAUCCUGCCAUCUAUGGCUCACUCUGACCAUGAAAUAAGGGGGGAAAGAGCUUGCUCCUUCCCAACACUGUUAAGGAGAAUUAUGAAAAGCAUUCUGUACUUAGAAGCUCUUGUGCUACGACUGAUGCUUACAUUCGUCCUCAGCUUCCCCGGCCUCACCCACCACAGAAUGUCCUUUAAUCCAGGAACAUGAGAUUUCCCAGCAGAUGAAACCUGGGCAAAGCCUACAUUCAUUAACGUUUCUGCAAAAGUAUAACUUGGGUAACAUUUUUAGUGACUUUCUUUACAGAAACUCACUGAAAGGAUCAAAAUUGUUUAUUUUGCUUUGGAGACAACUUGUUUCCCUUGCCACAAAGCAAGGUCCCUCUGAGGAUUUUUGGACUCCCCUAAUCAGUUAACCAUUUUGAAUUCCAUAGUCUCUUACCAGCGGAGACCUGUGAUAACUAAGAGAUGGAAGAGAUGAUAGCAGAAGAGAAGGGAGAACUUCCGUGCGGACUUUGGGAUAGGCACUUUACUCUGCAGAUCACUUCAGAGUAAACUGAAGUGGGCACAAUUCUCCGUCACCACUACAGAAUAAAUUAUAGUCUCAACUUGAUGAAACACUGUUUCUGUGGAGUGCCAUUAUUCCCCUAGGAAGUGUUUAGUCGGUUUUUACUGCAAAUUCUUUCUCAUUAAGUUACCACACUUGAUUUUUCGAUUAUUAAAGUGCAUUCUCAUUAUUAACAAUUUUUAGAAAAUACUGGAAAAUAUAAGGAAUAAAAAAAAGAAAAAAUGUUAU